CUCUCUGACCUACUUCCAAAACGAGGUUACAUUUUUAAUAAUUAUUUAUAAACAUGAUCACGUGAUAUCAAACAUGGCGCAGGCUAUCAAAGAAGAUGCAACACUUACCAAAAAUGGUACAACUGCCAGUAAUGAAGUUGAAGAUGAUGAUGAAGAAGACUCUUCUAGUACAGAAGAUACUGAUGAGGAUGUUGAACCUAAGCUUAAAUAUGAAAGGUUAGCCAAUGAUGUCACCAGCAUUCUCAGUAAAGAUGCAGCCAGUUGUAUAGCAGUUCAUUCAAAGUUUCUGGCAUUAGGAACUCACUGGGGAACAAUACAUAUAUUAGACCACAUAGGCAACAAUAUUAGAGAUAAGGAAGUUUCAGCACACACAACUACUGUUAACCAGAUUAGCAUUGACGCCAAUGGAGAUUUCUUAGCCAGCUGUUCAGAUGAUGGACGAGUCAUAAUUACAGGUCUGUAUGCUCCAGAAAACCAGGUUGUACAAUUUGAUCGACCAGUGAAGGCUAUCGCUCUUGAUCCUUUGUAUUAUAAACCCAACAGUAAAAAGCAAUAUGUGACUGGCGAUGAUAAGUUGAUUCUGAAUGAGAAAGGUGGCUUGUUUAGUCGUCAUAAGAUGCAUAUUAUUCACCAAGGUGAAGGCCCAAUCAGAAAUAUAAAAUGGGGUGGAGAGUUCAUUGCUUGGGUCAAUGACAAGGGAGUAAAAGUGUUUGAUGUGACAGCCAAAGCUAAAAUAACUAAAAUUGAUAAGGAUCACAACAUGCGAAAUGACUUGUGCAUCUGUCAGAUGGUUUGGCGUGAUGAAAGAACACUUUUGAUUGGUUGGGGUGAUAAAAUCAAGAUUUGUGUUGUAAAAGACACCCCUAAACAUACAGAAGAGGGUCCGUCAAGAUUUGUUGAAAUAACUCACAUCUUUUCAACAGACUUCAUUAUAUGUGGGUUAGCUCCUCUUGCUACAAACUUAGUUGUCCUAUCUUGUGAAAAAACUGAGGAAAACCAAGGGCCUGGAUUGACCCAGUCUGGCAGACCUCAUCUUCAGAUUUUAGAUCCUCACGUUAGAAGCUAUGAAGAAAUUUCCAAUGAUGCACUUUCUAUUAGAGGCUUCCAGCUUGUUCGAUGUAAUGACUAUCAUUUAGAAUGCAUCCCAGAAGAAAAUUUGUUUUUUAUUGUAAGUCCUAAAGAUAUUGUUGUUGCCAAGCUGAGAGAUCAAGAUGACCAUAUCUCCUGGCUAAUGGAGCACAAGAAAUAUGAGGAAGCCAUGGCAGCAGCCACAGUACACAGUAAAGAACUCAAGCAACAUACAUAUUUUGACAUUGGCAGAGAAUACCUAAAUUAUCUGUUGGAAGAAGAAGCUUAUGAUGAUGCUGGCAGACUGUGUGUCAAAAUUCUUGGAAGAAAAAAAGAGUCUUGGGAGGAAGAAAUCCUUAAAUUUGCUAAAAUUCAACAGUUGAAGGCCAUUGCAAGUUACAUUCCAAGAUCUGCUCCCAGAUUAAGUUCAGCAAUCUAUGAGAUGGUGUUAAAUGAGUUUUUGACUACAGAUUGUGAAAGAUUCUACCAACUGAUCAGAGAGUGGCCACCAGACUUAUAUGAUAAUGAAUCUAUCAUUAGUGCAGUGCUGAUCAAACUGGAUAGAGAUACAAACUCAGAACUUUUGUUACAAAGUUUGGGUCAAUUAUAUGCAUAUCAGAAAGCAUAUGACAAGGCCUUAGGUAUAUAUCUCAGGUUAAAACACAACGAUGUUUUUCAAUUAAUUCACGACCACAAUUUGUACGACAAGAUCAGUGAUAAGAUUAUUCAGUUGAUGGACUUGGACCAGGACAAAACUGUAAAGAUGUUACUGGACAACAGUGAGACUGUUCCGGUGGAGAAAGUGGUUCAACAGUUGAGCAAAACUCCCAAAUAUCUCUAUGUGUAUCUGGACCAGAUGGUGCAGAAAGAUUUCCAAGGGACUCAGACAUAUCAUGGCAAGCUGGUCAAACUGUAUGCUGAAUAUGACAGGUCCAAGCUGCUGCCAUUCUUGGGCAGAAGUGAAUUCUACCCACUACAGUCUGCACUGGAGGAAUGUGUGGCAAGAGAUUAUUAUAAGGAGCAAGUCUUCUUGUUGGGUCGCAUGGGAAACUUGACCCAAGCACUGAAGUUGAUUACAGAACAGCUUCAAGAUGUCAAUCAUGCUAUUCAGUUCUGUAUGGAACAAGCUGAUGAAGAGCUGUGGGAAAACCUGAUAGAAUACUCCAUGGACAAACCAAAGUUCAUCACUGCAUUGCUACAAAAUGUUGGUGCCCACAUUGACCCUAUUAAAGUGAUCAGUAAGAUCAGAAGAGAUUUAGAGAUUCCAGGCCUCAGAGAUUCUCUAGUGAAAAUAUUGCAGGACUACAAUCUGCAGCUGUUCUUGAGAGAUGGUUGCCGUAAAAUUUUGGUUGCUGACAGUUUUAAUCUUUUAGACAGACUAGUGAGGACACAAAAAAGAGGAAUCUUUGUUGAUGAUAGUCAACUGUGUCCAGUCUGUAAUCAGAGGUUGACAGUCAGUGAUUUACGCUAUGCUAGUAAUUUAAAUGUGUUUCACUGCCGACAUGCUUUCCAUGAGGACUGUAUGCCAGCCUAUGUUACUCAUUGUUUAAUCUGCAAUUCUGUCAAGAAAGACCGUAGACCAGGAGCACGAGAGCAUUACUUAAAGUAAUGAUAAUCUUCCAAGAAAUAUUUGGUAAAAAGUAAAAAAAAAAAUGUAUUCAAUUCCAUUAUUAAUGAACAGUAGAGUACUGUUAUUAUUUAUUCAAAUUUUGCAGUGGAAUAUGUUGCAGCGGAGUAUCUAAAAGUUUUGACUAUUCUUAGGCUUAAUCAUUAAAUUUAAAAUAUUCAUUAUUAAUAAUUCUUAUUCGGCAAUCUAAUAAAUUUAGUAAUGUCUUUCAUUAUGAUCUACUAUUUUACUUUUGUUGUAAUUUCCAUUUAUUUUUGGUGCUUUUAAAAGCAAAAUAAAAAACUUCAAAGGAACAAAA